GUAUUAAGAUUCCUUCCUUUUCAUGUUCAUGCUCAUAAGCCCUCUGCUUGCAAUGCAUGGACAAUGUCUCCUGCUCUGAGACUUAUCGGAAGAAUGCUCACCCAGAGGAUAACUUUUGCAGCCUUUGUGCUCUUCAUCCCAACAUGUUCAACAAUAAAUGAUUCUCCAUUCUCAAUCACUAACAAAGCCACUGGGUUUUGUUUGGUGACAAGAUCCACCCGCUGUCUUGACAUGCGCUGGACAACCGGUGAUCGUCUUUUUGUGACCUCAACCAGAAAGUGCCUUGGAGCUCAGGGCAAAAGUGUGGGGAGUGAAGUAAGCCUCUAUGAUUGUGACGUCCGCAGUGUGCUUCAAAAGUGGGUAUGCAAGAAUGUGACAAUGCUUGCUCUCAAAGACACACAGUUCUACAUCGAAGUCAAACCUGACCAAUCAAUCGCCCUCUCCAAAACUACCGGGCCGAAUAACGAGCUCACAAUCACAGGGACAUCCAGCGGCGCCUGUUCGAGAACAUACAGAGAGCUUUAUACCAUUGAAGGAAACGCGUUUGGUAAGAUCUGCAAUUUUCCCUUCCUGUACAAAGACCGGUGGUUUGGAGACUGCACAACGUACGACUCCUCAACAAAGCGCGCUUGGUGUGCGAUUAAUACAAAAUUUGAACAUGAGCAGUGGGGAUACUGCCCGACUACUUCCACAGACCACUGGGCGAAGAACAUUGUAACAGGAGCGUUUUACCAGCUCAACACACAGUCGGUUCUGACGUGGUCCCAGGCUGAAGCCAGCUGCAAACAGCAGGGUGCCGCCCUGCUCAGCAUCACGGAUCCUCACCAGCAGGCUUUUGUCUCGGCGCUAUUGGGAUCAGGGAAACAAAAGCUUUGGAUUGGGUUGAUGCUGGACCCGCAACAUGGCUGGCAGUGGUCUGAUAGUAAGCCCUUCCGUUAUCUGAGAUGGACUACAGGAUAUCCAACUCCCAAUCCGGGGCACAACUGUGCAUUUCUUGACUCUGCUGGGGAGCAAACCUGGCAAAGCUCAUCCUGCGUCAAGAAACAGGCCUACAUAUGCUACAAAGACGGGGCCCCGCCAUCUCCUCCCCAAAUUGAGCAGGGUUUUUGCUCACCCCCUUGGAUUCCCUACAAUGGCCACUGCUUUCACCUUCAACGUGUUGUUCAAACAUGGUCUGGUGCUCAGAGAGAGUGCCGCAAAGAGGGCGGGGACUUAGUGAGCAUCCGCAAUGUGGAGGACCAAAGCUUUGUCGUCUCGCAACUUGGAUACGCAUCCACUGAUGAGCUUUGGAUUGGACUGAAUGACAUACAGACAGAGGGGCUGUUUGACUGGAGUGACCACUCCACUGUCAGUUUCACCAGCUGGGAGUUUGGGAAACCUGUUGUCUCCACUGAUGCAGAUGACUGUGUUCACAUCAGAGGAGAGAAUGGGAACUGGGCCGAUCGCUUGUGUAGUGAGAAACUCGGCUUCAUCUGUAUGAAGCAGAGUGCCACUGAACGCACCGGAGAUGAAGUAGAUGUGGAUAUAGGCUGCAAAUUUGGGUGGAAAAGACAUGGCUCCUACUGCUACUUUGUGGGAGCAGAGACGAAGACGUUUGAUGAAGCUAAAGAUGACUGCAAGAGCUCAGAAUCCUACUUAGCUGAUGUUUCAAAUGGGGUGGACAAUGCCUUCCUUAUCAGCUUGGUGGGGUUGAGAUCAGAGAAAUACUUCUGGUUAGGCCUCUCGAAUCAGAAGAACAUUGAUCAAUUUGUGUGGACCAACACAGAUUUAGUGAAGUUUACUCACUGGAACGCUGAAAUGCCAGGUAACCAAGAGGGCUGCGUUGCCAUGACAACUGGGAUUUUGGCCGGACUCUGGGAUCUGCUGCCCUGCACCAACAAGGAGAAAUACAUCUGCAAACACCUGGCAGAGGGGGCCGUUUUAACCGUUGCACCACCGACUCAAACCCCUACCAAGUGCGAGGAGGGCUGGACCCGAGUAGGAACAAGAAACGUCUGCACGAAGUUCUUCACAGGGCCUCGGGCAGAUGAGAAGACCUGGUAUGAGGCCAGGGAUUACUGCAGGGCCAUCGGAGGAGACCUGCUCAGCAUCCACAGCGAUGCCGAGCUACGUGUGGGACGACAUGGAAGAGGCUGGAUUGGACUUCAUAUUCCUGACACGGCCUCUGGUUAUGCAUGGAGCGAUGGAUCCCCGGUAAACUAUCAGCACUGGCAGGAAGGAGAGCCAAACAAUCAUAACAAUGAAGAAUCUUGUACUGAAUUCAGAACGUAUAACUGGGAUGAGACCGGCUCCUGGAACGAUGUGAGCUGUGAGAGUUACAACGACUGGCUGUGUCAGAUCCGUGCAGGAGUGACUCCAAAACUACCUCCAAAUAAUACUGCAGUGGUCUACAACACCACUUCAGAUGGUUGGCUUGUGUGGAGAGGGAAUCAGUACUUGAUCAACAGAAACACAAUGCCCAUGGAGGAUGCUCGUCACUUCUGCCAGCAGAGGCUUGGUGACUUGGUCUCUCUCAACAGUAAAGAUGAAAAUGUCUUCUUGUGGAAACAGGUUUCAAGAAGCUAUGGCUCAUAUUAUAUAGGUUUGUCAGUGGAUCUUGAUGGGUCAUUAUGGUGGAUGGAUGGUUCUUCAGUGGGGUUACGAAGAUGGGAUGAAAAUCAACCAAAUCCAAAUGCUUUUAAUGAGAACUGUGUUACUAUGACUUACUACAUGGGCUUCUGGCGUACUUCUAAUUGUGGCCAAGACCACCAGUUCAUUUGUAAACGAGCAAAGUCAGCACCUGUCAACACCACUGCAGCCCCCACAGUUCCUCCUACAGGUGGCUGCCCACUCAAGUGGACCAAAUUUGACUCAAAGUGUUACACUAUCAUUAGUAGCCCGCCGAUCAUCUGGGAGGAAGCAAUGAGAAAGUGCAUUGAGAUGGGAGGCCAGUUGGCCUCAAUUCCCACAAGGCGUGUGCAAGCAUUUUUGACCACAAAAAUGGCUGAAACAGCAAAUACAGACCUGUGGAUUGGUUUAAGUGCUUUCAAACAAGAUGGAUUUUACUGGACUGAUGGGAAAGCAAGGAAAUACACCAACUGGGGCUAUUCUACAAAUCGACGUCGUCAAGGAUCCUUUUAUCAAAGAUGGGAUGAGGAGGAAUGUGUUGUACUGACCAGCAGUAUUUCCUUUGGCACCGGUAAAUGGUUCAUUAAGACCUGCAAUGACACCAAUGGAUUCGUCUGUCAGCGAGAUCUUGACAAAAGGUGGCAGCCUCGACUAGACCCAGCAGUUACUAACAUCUAUGCAACUCUGGGAAAUGACAGUAUCAAGCUUGUGACUAAAAAUCUGACCUGGGAUGAUGCCAAGAAACACUGUGAAGGUGAUAGCGCCCACCUGGCUAGCCUACGAAAUGAGUGGACGCAAGCCUACGUCGAGCUGCUGGCUAUGAAUCUCAAAGCUCCUCUUUGGAUUGGACUGAACAAACAGAUAAACGGUUAUUUUAGGUAUAUUGAUGGCUGGCACUUGUCCUCUGCCAGCUGGGCUCUAGGUGAACCAAGCCGAGACCGACCUUGUGUGUACCUGGAUGUGGAUGGAAAGUGGAAGACUGCUUUCUGCAAUCGGACCAUGAACAGCGUUUGCAAGCAGUCUACAGAUGUGCCACCGACAGAGUCGAGCAUCUUUCCAGGGAUUUGCCCUCAAGAGACGAAUGAAGAGUACCGCCAGAGCUAUGUCUGGCUGCCGUUUAAGAGUCACUGCUACGUGUUUAUAACCGAUGAAAUUGAAUGGGCAGAUGCAGCUAGCAGCUGUGUCAGGCAUGGUGGAACCCUGGCCAGCAUUGAAGAUCCUAGUGAGCAAGAAUUCAUCAAAAGCAAUGUGGAGAUAUUUCAAGAUAGCCACAGCGCUUUCUGGAUUGGCCUGUACAAAACUCAUGGAGGGGACUGGAAGUGGUUGGAUAAAACAGUCCUGGACUACAUUAACUGGGCUGAAGAUGAGCCUGAUAAUGACUAUGCACAGAUUGAAACCUCAAAUGGGAUUUGGAGGACAGGUCGCAGAUGGCACGACAGAGCAUAUAUCUGUAAAACACCAAAAGUGAUGGCCAUAGAUUCAGGAUCAGGAAAAACUGAACCUCAUGGAGGUCAGGAUCCUCGCAGUCGCGUCCGCACGAGUUUGAUAAUUGUGCUGAUCAUCACUAUCACUUCUACGCUGAUAGUUGUUGCAUUCUUCCUCUACAAGAAGUCUCCUCGUUCUUUACCCACCUUUGACAAUCCACUCUACUUCGACAGUGAACGAUCCCAGCCCGAUGUGGUUGAUACCAAUAAACUGAUAGAGAAUGCAGAAGUAGAAAACCCUGAGCCGAUUAUAACUCUGUGAUUUAUAAAGUAGCAGAAUCUAGCGGGACAUGCACUGUACUGUACUCUAUCCCAAACUGAUGUAUUACACUUGGAUGCUUCAUUAAUGUUUUAGCUUUGUUUUUUUACUAUAGUAUAUAGUAAAUAUAUAUUCAGUUAUUUAACAAUACGUCACUAAGUGUGAGUUUUAAUGGAGUUGGCGAUGUCUGACCUCAUGGAACAGAACAAUUUAGGCUCUAGGAUGUCUCAGUGGGAAUGCUUGGUGUUUGAUUUUGUCUUUAUAUCUAUGAUUGAAUGUAUAUAAUUGUUACAUGUUAUGCUUAUGCUCACUAGAUGCUGUUCAUUGCUUGUACUCUUGAAAUGUGUAAAAAAAAAUCUCACUGCCUGUCAUUGUUAAAUGAACAUUAAACUUGGCACUAAAGAAUAAUUAAAGUUAAAGUCAUCAAGAAAUAAAAUAACACGAGAGAUCAA